AUGUCGCCCGUUUUGACUGAUGCACCGAAAGAUUUGCUCUACUGUCGGAUGGCAAAGGAAAAGCUAUCUGAAGAUGAAGAGGACAGAAAUUCCGUAUUUAGAAGAACAGCGGGCUAUAACCUUCGACAUCCCUUUGUUAACAUCUCCUCCAUCACAAAAUUGUCCACUGUUUGCAACGAUUGCCACAGUUUCGCGGGCAAAGCAGACCCAACGGCUCUCGAGCGCUGCCUCCGUGGCUGCGAAGCCGAUUAUGACAAGGCUGGUGAGGCUUGGUCCAGGCCAUCCAGCAGAUCCGGCUCGAGUAGUGGAUCUCGCAGGCACUCCUCAGCAGGCGAGAGAGGUGAGAGCAAAAGUAGCAGCAAGAAAAACAGCAAAUCGUGCAGCUCUAGGAGCUACAAGCGCUCCAUUAGGCCUUGA